UUUUUUUUUCAAUUCGAGCACUCUUUAAUUUGGGGCAAGUUGUCACGUUCGUUUGUAAAUGUUAUGCAUAUUGAUUACAAUAUUCGUUGGACAAAACAAUAAUGUGUGUUUGCUGUUUCAUUAAUCGGUUUAAAUAUAACAGGAAAACACGUUGUUUGAUGUCUUUGAGACGUAUUAAGCCAUAUAGCGACAAAAUGCCCAAAAGAGAUGAGUUAAGCCAAUCAUAUGUAAUAUAGAAAGACUUCUAAAAAACGGUAAUUGACAUUUACCUUCGUUUUCAAAAAGACAUAAUGCUACUUGGAGGCUAUGUCAAAGUGUUUAUUUAUAUUUAACCACCCCAAAAACAAGUGUUAAUAUUUUUUGUUGUUGUUGUUUAGUUUUUUUGAUAACUCGAAAAGUAAAAUACUUACGGACCAAAGAAGAGCACCGUUGUGCACAGUUUAUUAUUUAGAAGAUUAUUAUGUAUACUGUAUAUUAUUAUUAUUAUUAUUAUUAUUAUUAAUAAUAAUAUAAUAAUACAAUUUUAUUCUGUAACAUAUUGUGUAAUACAAAUAUAUUGUGUUUGCAUUUUGUUUGGGACUGGGGCUAGUAUCUUAAGUGUUAAAAGUGAGACGUUCCGUAAGGAGCAUGUUGCACACGGAUUAUUUAGAGGUGACGCCCCCGGUUGCUAUAGAAACGAGACGCGCUUUCAGCCGCAAGCUUCCAGCGCUCUCAAACUGCGACGAGGCUUGGGAGUCGAAGAAACUUCAGAAAAGUCUUACUUUAGGUUUGAAAUUUGAUGUCAGACUCAGUUCUGAAAUACAGCCGAUAGCCUAGAGCUUUAUAAACAAUAAAUAAAGUUCGCACAGAUGAACAGGUAAGAAAGUCAUGUAUGGCAGUUUAACGUUAAGUUAUUAGCCGUUAUGUUUUACACGACUAACGUUUUCUGCGUUAUUUUACACCGUUUUUACCAGUUUCUUCUUCUUUGGUUUGCUGUGAAUAUGCAGUAGAUUGUGACUGAUAGCGAUCAACGCUUAAAAAAUUCAGCAGACUCUUGAGUUACAGUCAGUACUGUACAUAGAGACCGAUCUGACUUGGACUGUCAGCUAUAUAUAUUACAAUAGCAUCAGGGCCCUGGCCAGUUAACUGCAUUUUAGACAUUUGUAUGAUUCUGAUCAAUUCGUGUAACUUUAUAAAAUGGCUUUACCAUUUCUUUAACACAAAAAGACCUGUUUAUUAUUGAUGCAAAGCUUACAGUGUGUUGGAAGGCCCUCAGAAGUCUCAUCCAAAGUCAGUGAAAAGGAGGUUGCGCCGUUAAAACCAGCGUUUGGCAGCUCAGCAGAUCCAGAGGCAAACGAAUCAGUGGAAUGGAAACCGAAGCACCUCCAACCGAAACUCAGCGGAAAGACAGAAGGACAAGGGCCCUCUGUAAACUCUGAGAAAACAAAUACGAAACUCAAAGUCCCGAGUUCCAUAAGGCAAACGAAAGCAAGUCCGGGUGAAAAGCCAGAGGCUCGCGAUCCUUCUGUAAAGACAGAGGUCAAUCCUUCAUCAGAUACCACACUCAAAGUGCACACUUCCAAGGGCGGAGGGUGUAAUGCCUCUAAAGCUCCGUCCUUCAGAAAUGUAACCACGCAUGGACAUAAACUACCUAAACAGGUUCCACCUAUUAUGACAGCUUUAGAGAAACGAGAAGAAUGCGAUGUCCAGACGGAAAGUGUGCGUGAGGUACAUACCCAGGCCCCUCAAGUAGAGCUGUCUGCGAGUGACCGGGAUUCUCUUGAGGCACAGAGUGAAGAGGACGAAAAUGAGAGCGCUGAAGGACACGUGCCGCUAGAAUGUUUGCAGAGUUUCUACAGGCCGUGAUGACAAAGAAUUACCAGCUUGCAAAGAAGCUCUGUCAGAUGAUUUUAAUUUAUGAGCCUCAGAACUCAGAGGCCAAGAGCUUCCUGCCCCUCAUUGAAGAGAAAUUACUGAUAGGUGAGAUCUAUCUGUCUAUCUAUCUAUCAUCUAUCUAUCUAUCUAUCCAUCUAUCUAUCUAUCUAUCUAU